CCCGUUGACCUCUCUCUCUAGAAAUUGGCCGAAAAAUGAAAAAUCAAUCUCCUUCGUCUGGUAUGCGGACGGCAAAUUCAACCAGCCUAAGUUCGGCGGGGAGCACUACAUGGGGAGAGGAUUGCUGGGCUUCUCAAUCAAGCAAGUCAAACUACCUUCCCUUUUCUUUCUUUCUUUUUUUUUAUUGUCUCCCGCCAUGCACAAGAUUCAAUGCCCAUAGCCACGGAUUGGCGAAGGUGAAAGGAAACGGUUGCCAUUUCCAUAUGCAAUCACCACACUAGAUUCGGUGUCCAUAAAUGCGGUUAUACUUUGUGCUUUCUGUUUUCAUCCGCCAUUCCCUUCCAUUCUCUCUCGAUUGGAGCACAAAGUUUUCUGCGGGGUUCUUCACUUCACCUCCCUCUCUAUUUGGGGUGACUGGAGAGUUAGAAUUUGGUUGUCUCUCUGGGUUCUGUCCGCACCGGUGGUUCUUUUAUUAGUCCGGGCUGGGCCUGCAACAUUGCCCUUUACCUGUUCCCCGCCUUCGAGGCCGGCUUUUUACGGGAUCGGAAAAUGGUCAUAGAGCUUUGGAUAGUGUGAAGGUAACGCUUCAGUGUGUUUCUGCGGUUUAACCCAUGUGGUUUGACACUGUUUUCUUGGUAUAUAUAUAUCCAUACCACUCUGCACAUGAUAUGUUCCUACAUGAAUAGAUAGAAGACUUGAGCAGUUUAUUCUCUUGGUUCUUCCAUCGAUUCUCCGCCUUACUUUCGGACACUUGUACCUCCACCAUUGCUAUUUUCUUCUCCCAGUUGAUUGGCUGUUUGGUCCUCCAUUGUUUGGCCGAUUCUAUUGAAUGAGAUUUCCUUGUUUCUACCUGCGAUAUAAAACCAACCAAUCUUUUUUCAUUCGUUGAUCUGACUGAAUCACCUUCCUGUGCUCCUAUUUUUUCACUAUAAAACGGUCUCUGUGGGUUCUUUGUUUUCUCAAGGGGGCACUGCCGAGAUCAAUAUCACUUUGUUAUUGGCCACUUUGCUUUUCUCUGUUUCUCCGGUAUGCCACAUCUUUCGAGCUUGUAGCAUUCUUUGUGCCAAAAACAUUGAGCCGUCGUUUCCUUUCGAGCCACUUGUGAAAUAUUUCGGAAACAACAACUGAGAUUUGAGUUGGAGUAUUCCACCCUUUCAAAUUUCUGUUUCCUACCUGUUGUGUAACGAUUCUCGUUAAACCCCUUCAUUUCGUUCAGUGUCUCAGCAGUUUGUUGAGUUCCAAACUGUAGGAGGUUGAAAUCUCCCUCCACAUAUACUGGAUUUGUCGUCCUUUCUCUAAAGCCUUUUUCUUUUUCUCCAUCAGUUAGACAUAGGCCGCCAUGGGUCUAGUAAGAAGUCCGAGUAUGCAGAGUGGGGACUACUUGGAGGGCAUGUUCCGUGACUACGUUGGAGGGAAAACCAAGGUUCGAGCUCCCAAGAGCUCAUGUGCUCGCUUGUUUACCAUGUUUACCUAUCUGCAGUUCGCAUGUGCAAUCUAUGUGACAUUUCUUGUGUACUACGUGAGCCCCACAAUCGAUUUACCCCCAAAACCAGACUUCUCUUGGGCGACCCGGAUCGCCAAACACUGGAGGCAGUUUAUCACCCAGCCGCAUGUGGUGAGCCAUUAUCAAGAAGCUGCUAGCUUUGAUUUUAGCUCCCCUUCUGUGGUAUGUGAGCAGGAGACCAUCGACUUCGUACAGAAGAAGUCGAACGAUGAACAGAUGAUCAGAAUCAAGAGGGAACUCUACGAUGAAGUCUUGGAAUUUCAGAAGAAGUCCUUCGGAGCCGAGUCGCUACCUGAACUCAUGAAGAUGAAAUCAAAGUGGGGUCAGGGAAGAAUUCCGAAAAUCAAUGUGAUUUUGAAUCACUUUAAGAGGAAAACCUUGUGUGCACAGCUCGAGUCGCUUCUCCACCAGACGGUUCCCUUCCACAAUGUAUGGGUUCUCUCUUUUGGCAGCCCCAAUGAACUCAACCUAAGGAGAAUCGUCCAAAGCUACAACGACUCUAGAAUCAGCUUUGUCAGCUCGAGCUAUGACUUCAAAUAUUAUGGAAGGUUUCAGAUGGCUUUGCAGAGCGAUGCCGAUUUCAUAUACAUUCUUGACGAUGACAUGAUUCCCGGUAAGAAAAUGCUGGAGAUUUUAUCACACGUUGCAGGAACAGAUAAGUACAAAAAUUCUGUUCUAGGAAGUAUCGGGAGGAUAUUACCUUUCAGACAAAAGGAUUACACAUUUCCUAGUUACAGAAAAUUCCGCUCGAAGGAAGCUGGACUUUAUUUGCCAGAUCCAGCUUACGGCAUCACGGUGGACCGAAUCGUUCAAGUGGACUUUUUGUCUAGCUCAUGGUUUCUGUCCUCCGAUUUGGUGAAGACUCUUUUCAUCGAAUCUCCCUUCACUUUCAUGACCGGUGAAGAUCUUCAUCUCAGCUACCAGCUCCAGAAGUACAGAAAUGCAGGGUCGUUCGUCUUACCAGUGGACUCUAAUGACAAGGAUACAUGGGGAGAUAGCGAACAUAGACUUGCAUAUAUCUCUGAGACAACCGUAAUUUUUAAGGAUGUAGUUCAAGUCCGAGAUGAACAAUGGUGGCGUGCUCUCUCAACUGGCUACAUGACGCAGUGGGCUGCUAUGUACCCUCAGAAAAUCGAUGCCCUGUUCUAUGCUCAUUCUGUCAAUGAAGUAAUGGCUUUGGCACCUCUUCUGGAGCAAUUCAGAGCAACAGCUGGCAAAAAGGCCUACAUCGCGGUCUCUGGGGGUCACUUUUGCCCAUGCGAAGAUGCAGCAGAUGCACUGAAGUGGCCAAGGGCAAACUGCCGGGAAAGAAGAUUCAAGAUCUUCGAUUUAUCCAUUGGAGCUAUUGGAGGAACUUCUGAUUCUUCUGUGCCCGUUGUGCAGGCCAUUUACUCUAGCAUGAAAGGCCUGAUGAAAAUUCACAAUCCAAGCGUGGUGAUUGCAGUUGCUGAUGUUGAUCCUAAUGUGAGGGAGGCUCUUAACAUGGCUAUAGGGAGCAGUUCAAAUAGCACGACUUUGGUUCUCUUGCCAAGGCCUUCCAUUCCCAAGGUCUUCUUCAUGGCUGAUAUCAGAUCAACGGCAUUGCCAAAUUGGAACCGUAUGCGAAUUACUGUAAACAUAAUCACUCAGAAUCGUGCAACUUCACUGCAGCGCCUCCUCAGAUCACUGAGCAAUGCAUACUAUGUUGGUGAUGAAGUGAAACUCACCUUUAACAUGGACACACAAGUGGAUGAGGAGACGCUGAGGGUGGUAAAUGCCUUCCCUUGGCCUCAUGGUAGCAAGAUACUCCGCCGUCGGAUCAUCCAAGGUGGCCUGAUUCGAGCUGUUAGUGAGAGCUGGUACCCCUCCUCCAAUGAUGAAUUUGGCUUGUUAUUGGAAGAUGACAUUGAGGUCUCCCCUUACUACUAUCUCUGGCUGAAAUAUGCACUACUGAAGUACCAUUAUGACCCUCAAGUCUCCUUGCCGGAGCUUUCCUCGAUCUCUCUCUACACUCCCAAACUGGUCGAAGUAGUGAAGGAAAGACCCCGCUGGAAUGCUACUGACUUUUUCAAGAGAAUUCAUCCAAACACGCCAUAUUUGCAUCAACUGCCGUGUAGCUGGGGUGCCCUGUUCUUCCCAAAGCAAUGGCGGGAAUUUUACACAUACAUGAACAUGCGUUUCACGGAGGAUGCAAAGCAGAACCCUGUUCAGAUUCCAAGGUCUCGGACAAAUGGCUGGCAGGCUUCAUGGAAGAAGUUUUUGAUAGAUAUGAUGUAUUUGAGAGGUUAUGUUAGUCUAUAUCCAAAUUUCCCAAAUCAGGCAAGCUUUUCGACCAAUCACAUGGAACCUGGUGCACACAUUAGUGCCAAAGAUAAUGUUGUUAAGCACAAUAAGGUCGAUUUUGAGGUGCCAUUGUUGCAGAGAGAUUUUAGGGAGCUGUUGCCUGCAGGAAAGUUGCCACCAGCUUCAAAGCUGCCUGUUAUCAAUCUCUUCAAUCAGGCAAUGUCCCUUAAGGGCCUCAAGGCUGCUGGGGCAAAGCUUGUGCAGGACGUGUUACGUUGCAGUGAAACAGAGGUUGUAGUCGUCGAUCAUGAGACCGGCAAGCCUUUGCGAUGUGCAAGGUUCUGAUGAUUUAUUUAUUAUACACUCCAGUUUCUGAAAUGGCCGAGGAGACUGAGGGCCAAUAAAAAGGUGGAAGGCUUAUCCUUCUCCAUUCUUUCUUUUCUUCUAUUUAUUUCUCAAUCCUCCUUUUGUUUUUCUACGUGUAAUUUCUUUAAGUCCCUUCGUUCUGGGUGAAGCGUGUAAGGCCUCGAAUCCUUCUUUCUUGUUCCAUUGAUAAUGACGACAUUAGAGUGGAGGGUUUUUCAAGAUCGUGUACUCCAUUGUCUUAUGAACCACUAGAAAGCAAUGGUGGUUGAUCUCAUAAUGUCGUACUUGUAGCUUAAAUUGGCUUUUGUUGCAAACAGGAUCUCUCUCAAGUGAAAACAAA